GCGUACGUGAUCUACACGUCGGGCUCCACGGGCCUGCCCAAGGGCGUCGUCUGCCACCACCGCGGCGCGCUCAACACCAUCGAGGACCUGCGCGCGCGCUGGGGUUUAGGGGACCGCGACGUGCUGCUGGGUCUGGCGAGCCUCGCGUUCGACCUCUCGGUCUUCGACGUCUUCGGGAGCGCGCUCUGCGGCGCGGCGCUCGCGCUGCCGCGCGCGGCGGACCUGUCGCCGCCGGACCCGGACGCCUGGCUGCGGCUCUGCGACCGCGCGGGCGUGACGGUCUGGAACAGCGUGCCCGCGCUGCUGGAUCUGGCGGUGUCGGGCCUCGAGCUGCGCGACGGGACGCUGCCGCGCGCGCUGCGCGUCGCGUUCCUCUCGGGCGACGUCGUCCCCGCGGGCCUGCCGGCGCGGGCCUACGACCGGUCGCCGACGGUGCGGGUCGUGCUCAUGGGCGGCGCGACGGAGGCCGCGAUCUGGUCCAACGAGUUCCCGGUGGAGCGGCCGGGCCGCCUCCCGGCGGGCUGGGGCGGCUGGCCCUACGGCCGGCCCAUGUCGAACCAGACCAUGUGUAUCCUGAGCGACGCGACGCUCGAGCCCCUGCCGCCCUACGUCGUCGGCGUCAUCCACAUCGGCGGCGUCGGCGUGAUGACGGGCUACCGCGGCGACGACGAGAAAAACAAGCGGUCGCUG